AUGAAGGCAAAGUGCAGGUUGCGCGAUGCGGAGUGCCGCAAGUGCGGCAAGAGGGGCCACACAGAGGCAGUGUGUAGGCAGAGCGCGCGCGCAAGUGGCCGCGCAGAGGAGAGAGAGUUUGCGGGGGAUGCAAAAGGGGUAGCCUUUACGGCGUGGGGCGACGACGGGGAUGUGCGCAAUGGGGUGUGGAUUGUCGACUCGGGCAGCACCCAGCAUGUCACGGCCGAUCGGAGCCAAUUCACGAGCUACAGAGAGCUUGUGCGUGACGAGAAGAUCGUGGGAAUCUGUGCGACUGACGCGGGAGCACGAGUGGUGCUGGAGGGCAGAAUCGCGCAAAUUGAGACGGACAAUGUGGUCCGUAUGGAGGCAGUCAAACGUGGAGGACUGUGGGAGAUUGAGACCGUGGGGAAGCAGAGAGCAUUCCUUGCGAGGGGUCCGGUCAAGAGGAACCGGGUGUGCGCCACGGCAAAGAGGCCGGUAAGAGCGGAAAGCGUGGUGAAAAAGACGGUGAAGGUCGUGGAGAUCGACCAAGACGAGUCGGACGACGAGAAUGAGGGCGUCGAACGAGAGUGGGGAACUUUUGUGGGGGCGGAUGAGGUGCCGCGCACAGGUUCACAAAAGCUCCCUAAAGGGGCGGAGUUUGAAACGGCGCGCGAGGGGGACGCGCACGCGCCCGCGACGAACCGCGGCCGCGUCGCGCGCACAGUUUCAAAGAAAGGCCAAAGUGGGCCGAUUGUGGAAACGAUGCGCGAAGUUGUGGAGGUGUCCGAGGAGAUUGAAAAGGGCAAGGAGAGCCCAAAGACGGCGGUAGAGAACAAGUCCGCCGAUGUGGAACAGGCAAAGGAGAAGCCUGUAGUGGAGUCCCAAGAGGUGGGAAAAUAUACCGCGAGAGUGCGACGGGAGCCCGCAGAGUGGUAUCGGGCGAAUGUGGGAGCAACAACGGAAGCCGUGGGAGCCGAAGAGCCGCAGCACGGAGUGGAGAAGACGUCGUCGGAGAAGAGCGACGCAGUGCGCUACCAGGAGAGCGAGGGUGGCGACAGUGCAGGCGUGUGGGUGACGCCAAAGGCGAAGAAGACAGCCCGCAAGAGGAGCAUGACGAGUUAG